AUGCGGAGACUGGCAGGGUCUGGCCUUGCCCAGGGGGAGGUGGUUGCAUGCCAGGAGCACUUCUGUGCCUUCCUGGUGGGGAAGGCGGUCGACACCAUCCAGAGAACCCUGCACUGCUGUGGGGUGCAGAACUACUCAGACUGGGAGAAGACCGAUUACUUCGCCCAGAGGGGAAUCCCUCGGAGCUGCUGCAAGAGCCAGGACGACUGCCCAGUGGAGGAUCUGAGAGACCCAAGUAAAGCCAAACUGAAGGUGUUUGUGGAUGGUUGUUUUUUCCUGGUAACAUCAACGAUGGAGUCAAAAAUGAGCAUUGUGGCUGGAAUCUCCUUUGGCGUCGCGUGCUUCCAGUUGGUUGGCAUCAUUCUCGCCUGCUGCCUGUCCCAGUACAUCACAAACAACCAGUAUGAGAUGGUGUAGCUGGUCCCCAGCGUGCUGUGGCUGUGACCAAGGGUGUUCCUCGUGCUCUCUGUGUCGGGGAAGACCGCGCCACCUCCAGUUUUCCUCUGGACGCUGCUUCGUGAAGUCUUGCUUUGAAUUGACUGAUCCUCUUCUCAACUAGCUCAUAGAAACGAGUGCAACAGCUGUUCUGCUGCGCUCAGGGACUUGUCCUGACACUACUCUGCUGUACCACUGAGUGGGAUAAUUAGCGUAGCCGAGGUGGUUGUAGUAGCUGCGUUCCUCCGGGCGCCGGGCUCUUUCCUCAGCCGCAAGCUGAAGCGCCGUGCUGGAGCAGCCGCUGCCGCCGUUCAUCCGCAGCCCUCGCUGGCUGCCGUGCGAGGCGGCCACGUGGGACGGGAUGCUGCUGGGCAGGAGCUGCUCUCACCCAGUGCCUCCCUCGGGAAAGCAGCGCUUUCUCUCAUCUCUGACCUCUGUUCUCAGCCCCUGGCAUCCCCUCACCGUUCAGCCUCACUCACUGGACGCGUUUCCUCUUCAGAUGGGGCUGUUGCCCCAUUUCAGCACUGCCCUGCCUGCUGCAGCUCUUGGCUCAGCAAGGUCUCGGCUUAUUGCCAAGCUCUCUCUCAUCCCCAUGCUGGGUUUUAUAUACUUUUUUAGAGUUGUACUUUUUUAAGUACGGGCUGUAGCGAUUCUUUGUAAGCUGUAGCGCGGUUUGGUGAUGUAGCUCCUGGUGCCUUUACCUUGGUAGGUGUCCUUGCACCGAGUCAGCUGUGACUUGAUUGUCAGUAUUAUAUGCUGCUUUAACUCAUUUUGUGUAUUGAGUAGAACUCUUUUGUCCUGAGACACAAUAAAUAUUAAGAUAUUUUACUCUAUGAAA